ACAAAGUAUUCCUAAAAUCCUGACGUAAUGAUAUUGGAAGGACGCAUCAUUGCCAUCAUAUAUACAAGUACCAAGCCACUUUAGUGAUUCAGUGUCAUUAAAUUCGGAAUACAGCAAACAUCUAUAAAGAGUAUAUAAAUUUUAUACGCCGCGGACAGUGGGUUCGUAACACAAUCUUCAUCAAGCCAUAUUGAUACUGUGUUCCACUAUAGAUUUUCAAAUUACGUAAUGCCAGCUCACGCUAGCCAAAAAUCUCAGCGACAUUGGUCGAAAAAUGUGAGAGAUGUCUCGCUAAUUCACGAAGGGUUACAGCUCCGUAUAGAGGGAGGUGCUGAGAAUGGUGAAUUUUUAUAUGUGGCAGAUCUGCCUGCAGAGAAAACUCGAUACAGAAAAGGUCGCUUCCGAGUCGGAGACAUUUUGAUUGAACUCAACGAAGAAGCGGUUGUUGGUCUGACUUUGAAAGAUUUGAUGAAUCUUAUUAACAAAGCUGGCAGGAAAGUGAAUUUUAAAGUUGUGCAGCCAGGUGGUGGAAUCAACAAGGACAUGCGAGAUUUCUUGUGCAAGGAUUUCCCAAACACUGAUGAAGUUGAUAUUGAUUUACAAGAUGCUACCAGAGACAAUUUGUAUGCAAGGACAGUUCCAUGCACAACUCGUCAACCUCGUUCUGGCGAGGAGCCAGGAAUCGACUACGUAUUCAUAAGUCGUGAAAAAUUCAUUGAAAUGGAAAGGUGUGGACAUUUUCUGGAAACUGGAAGCUACAAUGGUCACUAUUACGGAACACCUAAACCAUUGUUAAGCGAUUUGGUUAUGGUCGAGAACAACGCAACAAAAAGUAGAACUUUGGAAGACGAAACACAAACCAUCGAGAAGAAUAUUGAACAAGUCACUGUUCACGAAAACUCAGAUGAAUUGGAGGAAAAAAAAGAGAGUUAUUUAAAAUUGAACAAAGCAAACAACAGCGAAAAAAAUAACUCUAAAACAACCGAAAUUUUAGAUAAACAACCUAUAAAUGUUUAGACUCGUUAGUUAAAAUGAGAGAAAUUCUACAAACGCUGCUCAUUUCCUGGGCAAGAAAUAGCCGUAAUAACACGUUCAGAAUUAUGAAAUGUAAUGUUAUCAUUAAUAUUAGACAUUAUUCAUCGUCCACGUACUUGUGAAAAAUAGAAUUAAUUAAAACAAACAAAU